CGUCACAAGUAUUGGCAUAGCAAUAUUGUAAAAGGGUUCGGAGCCAUGAGCAGUGGGGGAAAUGGCAACUGGUGGAAACGAGAAAAACGUUCCAUCAAAAAGAUGUAGCACAGGUUAUAAAGAUCGUCUUUUACAGAGAAGGUUUAACGAAAGGAGCGUUUCCACCGACUUGGUUAGAAAGGAAAGCACAAAAUCUGUGUGCAACUUGUCUGACACUAUACUUAACGGUUUCGAAGUCUUAUGGCGACAGAAUUUAUUGUGCGAUUUAGUUUUAACCUCACAGACAAAAGCUUUCCCUGUUCACAAAAUUCUGUUAGUCACAUGUUCGGAUUAUUUCUAUGAUUUAUUUGUCGAGAGGAAAUAUUCAACACUGGAAAUAGAUUUUUCUGAUAUUAAACCAGACGUUCUUGGAGGAAUUCUAGAAUGUAUGUACACAGGAAAAGUCCAUUUAACGGACUGCAAUACCGAAAGUGUUUUGUCGGCUGCUUCAAAGCUUGGAUUUUUCAUAGUAAAAGAUGUCUGUGAGGAAUUUCUCGUAUCCACGGUUACUCUAAAGAACUGUCUUCGAAUGUUAGACAUUGGCUUUAAAUUUAACCUAAACAACCUAUGCGACACAAGCCUUGAAAUCUCAGCUAAAAGUUUUAAAUUAAUCUCCAAAAGAUCGAGGUAUAAGGAACUACCAGUCGACCAAAUAAUAGAGCUACUAAAGAGAGAUGAUUUGGCCGCCGAUGAUGAGUUAGAGGUGUUUGGAUCAAUGCUAUUGUGGAUUGACCAUGAACGUGUAGAAAGAUUGGAACAUGCAGCCAAUCUAAUGACAGCGAUCCGACUUCCUCUUCUCCCAGCUUCUGUUAUUGUAGAUUCUGUGGAGUCUGUAGAAUAUCUAAUGAACAUACCAGAAUGUCAAACUCUUGUUAAAGAAGCACUUCACUAUCACUGUAUGCCCGCUAGGCAGAGUGUUCUACAGUCAGCACGCACUUUCCCACGUAAAUCUGUUCACCAGCCAUGCUUACUGAUUUCUGGUGGAGCUCCGAGAUUAAUGAGGGAAUCAGUCAGUGAUGAAAUCUACAAAUACAACUUCUUUGAGGAACGGUGGGAGACAGUCAGUACCAUACCAGGACAGCGACACCAUCAUGCUGUUGCUGUACUUGGUGGCUUUUUGUAUGUUGCGGGCGGAGAAAGAACAAACGAUCACAAAUCUCCAGAAAAUAGUGUCUACAGAUAUGAUCCUCGAACUAACACAUGGCUAACGGUAGCCAGUAUGAAAUACAAACGACAAAGUUUUCAACUGGUGGCUCUGAACGGACUGCUUUAUGCUAUAGGUGGAAGGAUGGACAAGGACGAAUCUCUUGAUAAAGUUGAAAGAUACAAUCCAAACACAGAUAAAUGGGAAGAAGUGGCCCCACUUUGUAGUCCUAAAAGAUGUGUAGCGGCAGCAGUACUGAAUGGACGUAUUUAUGUCGUGGGAGGUUCAGGAGAUAAGAUGGUAUCAAGUAAGGUUGAAAGGUAUCAUCCAGCAGAAAACAAAUGGCAAACAAGGAAACCGUUGACAAUACCAAGAUUCUUCUCUCAGUUGGUUCAAGUGAAAGGAUCUUUAUUGGUCAUUGGUGGCGCAACUAUAAAUUCUGAAGGUACCAUUUCCUGUGUCGAGGCCGUGGAGAAAUACUCCCCAACAGCCGACAAGUGGACGUUCGUCUGCAACAUGUUAACACCUCGUGCUGAAUUCGGAUGCUGUAUGUUAGAUGACGUCAUAUACGUCGCUGGGGGCUAUAACUGGAACGAUGCAGAAAGAUUGACAUCUGUAGAAAGCCUGGAUCUUGACACCAUGAUAUGGACAUCAGUUACCAAUAUCAGCCGACCUUUAACUGGAAUAGCGUGUAGCACUCUAACUUUAUAUUUUGAUCGUUCCGAUAGAGAAACUUUUCUGAUGCGAAAAUCAAGAUCUCCCAGGAGCACUAAUGACUUGGUUGCUUUAGAAUCCACAAUAACGGAUUGAAAGUGCAAUUUAAGAUAUAUUUAAAAAAAAUCCACAGAUAUAUUUUAAACAUGAACAUUGUGCAUAAUAUUUGAAUACAUUUCUAUACAGAGAAACAAAUUAAACAAAUCGAACAAUUUU